GUUUGUGUACACACACACACACACACACACACAACAGCUGAGUAGCAUAAUAGCAAUAACAAAUAGAGAUUUGAGGUGGGUUUUUUAAAGGCUACCUGCAUUUUGUGGCUGCAUGCUAUAAAGAGCCCAUGAAGUAAAGUGAGAGGCUGUUGUCUGUAGGGCAGCAAAAGCAGUCACAUGCUGUGAACAGUUUCAUCUACAUCCUUCUAAUAGUAAGUUGGUAACAAAGAAUGCCAUUAUUGGGAAGCUCCUCAUCCUAUUGCUGCCAAUGUUUGCCCAGUGCAAGCAAGAAGCUGCUGAGGAAGGAUAGAUUCCAGCCAGGAAGAACAAAAGGAGCCAAUUAAUAUGGUGAGGUUUGAGAAGGAUUUUGUCUUGGGACAAAAGGAUUCAUUAGAACCGAAGGUGCAGGAGUUGGGGGACCUCUGGUCCCUUGAUUUCCCUCUUCCUUGUGUGAUUUAUGGCAGCCUACUAUUUUGUCUGGGAUAAGAGAGGAUCAUAGGGGAAGUAAAAAAUCUAACCCGUCACAGAAAGGUCUUGUCUUACAUUUCCUAAGGGUUGUUUCUGCCUUUGAGUUAACUUAGCACAGGCCCUGACAUAUAGACAGCAACAUUCCAAAACCUGGUGGUAAUGGAUAGGAGCAAAAGUACUUGUUAAUGUGGGAAAAGCUCUGUGUGUGCAAGCAUAUGUGGUGCUUUGCUUCACUUUGCAAGUUACAUGGGAGAGCACAUUUCUGUGUCCUCAAAAAGUUGGCCAAGGAGUUUCCGCCUGUCAGUCAUAUUCAUGAUUCUGCAGCUACUGCACUAAAUUAUGUGUGUGUGCGCGCACACACACACACACACACUUACGGGUGUCUUUGGAUCUCUAAUGUGUGGCUCCAGCAGAGCUGCACACUUAAUGACCUUUCCCUAAAAGCAUUCUCCACCCUCUCGCUCUUGCUGCGUUUCUUGGAGAGGGGAAACUCAGAAAUGUCCUGUCCUGUAGAAGUCAUGCAUUCCACAAAAGAAACUUUGUCCAUCUGCUCCCCCCUCUACCCAUGACAUACAAAAACUGUUUGACUAGAAGAUACAUUUCACCGCUUGUAAAAUCUUCCCGUUUGCUCUCCUCUGAUUGUUCACAACCCUAGUCUAGGGCCAGACCUGUAGCCUUCUUCUAUGAAUGUUUGUUGGGAAUGUGACAACUGGAAAGGAGUUAUUAGUUUCUUUGUGCAAUGAACAUCCCACCUCCCUUUAGAGCAGUUAAAGGUGGGUCUGCAAACUAGCUGGAAAAACUCCCCGAGGGCUUCGUCGUCGUUGCAGUUUUGUAAUGCAAAUAAAUGGUAGCCUGGGGGCAGACAUCUCUGCGUCUUACUCGUAUGAAGGCCCAGACGGGUCUGCACUUGCUUGUACUGGGGCGUGAAGGGAGGCCGUGAAGCUGGUUUUCCUCUCCGCCCCAGGUAUGGUUUUUCUCGGGCGCUGCUCGUUUCUUCGCGGAUGCUGGAGGAAAAUCGCUCUCUCUUCCUCCCCGUGCGGGCCGGGGGGCCAUCAGCAAGGGAGCAGCUGCAGGUACAGGCAGCCUCCGCAUAGCUGGCAUUCCUGCAGGCUCGUCGCCCGGGCUCCUUCCAGGUCCUCGGCACCCGCGCGCGUUGCCUCAGACUCUCCCGGCCGGAGCCUCCUAGAUAAGAAGAACGCGCUUCCAUCUUUAGUCGCUCCUGUUUCUUCGAGACCUUUUCGGGUGGAUGGGGCUUUGAUGAAUCCCCCGGACGCUUUUAUUUUCAAGCAGGACAGGAAAAAGUGACCGGAGCUGCCUGAUUAUUUUUGGAGAAGCCUCUCCAACCUCGCCCGCCCCGCCUGCGAGCAAACAGGCACACUCGAUGCAUCUCUCUCUUUGCACGGCCAUAGAUCUUGGUGUAUCAUAAGAACAUAAGAGUCCAGCCAGUGGCCCAGCUUAGUCCAGCAUCUGGUUCUCAUUAGAUGCUUGUGGGAAACAAGAGUUCCGUCUUUCUUUAUUAAAAAAUAAAAAGCUCACUCCUAGCCAUCUUUCCUCAAAAGUAACGCUUGAGUAAAUACUGGGAAGUAAACCCCACUGAAUGCAGCGGGACUUACCUAUGUGUAAACAUGCACGAGUAUGUGUUAUAAAAACAGUAAGAGGAAACUAGAUGGGCAUGAGCAGGUGCCAUUCAAACAGUGCAGCGAGCAUGUCAUUCUAGGGCAAGGACCUAACGAACUAACCCGAGAGUUGGGUUUUCAGGUCAGGCUCGGCUGAAUGUCGGAUUCAUGCCCCGGGGGCUUCCCACCCCUCCCCCCAGAAAGCAGCACGAUUCCCACAUCCGGCCGGGUUCGACCCUGCUCCUGCCAGGCGUCCUGAGUUGGGGUCAGCCCCGGCGGCGCCUGCGGAGUUAAUUGCCGCCACUUUCUCUCGCCCCCUCCGCCUCCUCCUCUCAGCCGAGGCUCUUUUAUCGGAGCUCCCGGGACGCCGCGUCGCUUCUCACGUGGGCAGCGGUGACCCUCUGUGUUUACUUUAUUUUUGGCACUUCUAGCAGUGGCGACGCUUUUCUUGAGCCCUCCGGUGGCGAUGCGAGUUUUUUCUUGCCUCAAUUUACCGGAGGGGAGGAAGGGGCAGCUCGGCUGAGUCAAGAGGGGAGAGGAAAGUGACUGAUCCCAAAGGGAGGCGUGUGCAAGCAAGGAAAAGAGGGCAGAGGAAGCGUAGAAAAGGGCGCUGCUGUCUGUGGGCUGCCUGCGCGCAAAGCUCAGGGCCGGGGGGAGUCGGCCCGAAGACAAAAGCCAGGGUGUAGGAUGCUGGCUCCGGUGCGGCUAAGCCUGCCCACAUGACCUUUGCCACCAUCAUGCUGUGCCCCUGGCGUGGGAAGCUGAAGCUGCUGCUUGCCACAGUGACCCUGGUCUUCCUCAUCUCAUGGCUCUACCUCUUUAUGGGUAAUCUGGAGUAUGGGUGCUCCUUCCUGCUCCCGCCUUGCUUUGGAGAACAGUCAAGCCGAUACCUUAACCACGAGGCCUUGGUGUCCCAAGUACAGAAAGUGGAAGAGGAAAACCAGCUGUUGAGGCUACAACUCAGCCAGUCUCAGAUGCAGGACGAGGCUGUGGAUGGGACGGACAGCAGCCAGCAGGGAGCGCAGUUCAUAGAAGACCAGGAUGGAAGGGACAACCGCACCGGCUGCCUCAAGCAGAGAAUGGUUCAGAAGUGCGAGCUUCUCCAUAUUGCAAUUGUCUGUGCUGGAUACAAUGCAAGUCGGGACGUCGUUACCCUGGUGAAAUCCAUCCUCUUCCACAGGAAGAACCCUCUUCACUUCCAUCUCAUCACUGACUCUGUGGCCCAAAAGAUCCUGCAGAUGUUGUUUGAGUCCUGGAUGGUGCCCUCUGUUCAUGUUAGCUUCUACAAUGCUGCUGACCUGAAGCCGGACAUCUCUUGGAUCCCCAACAAGCACUACUCUGGAAUCUAUGGGCUGAUGAAAUUGACGCUCACAAAGGCUCUCCCCUCUGAUCUCUCCAAGGUCAUUGUCCUGGACACAGACAUCACCUUUGCCACUGACAUUGCUGAACUGUGGGCCAUCUUUGGGAAGUUCUCGGACAAACAGGUGAUUGGGCUGGUGGAAAACCAAAGUGACUGGUACCUAGGGAAUCUCUGGAAGAACCAUAAACCAUGGCCAGCACUGGGACGUGGCUUCAACACAGGAGUGAUCCUCUUGCUGCUGGAGCGCCUACGUCGAAUCGGCUGGGAGCAGAUGUGGCGCCUGACAGCCGAGCGGGAGCUCAUGAGCAUGCUGUCCACCUCGCUGGCCGACCAGGACAUUUUUAAUGCAGUGAUCAAACAGAGCCCAACGCUGGUAUACCAACUCCCUUGCUUCUGGAACGUGCAGCUCUCUGACCACACCCGCGCAGAGCAGUGCUACACAGAGGUGUCUGAUCUUAAGGUGAUCCACUGGAACUCUCCCAAGAAGCUGCGGGUGAAGAAUAAGCACGUGGAGUUCUUUCGGAACCUCUACUUGACCUUCCUGGAGUAUGAUGGCAACCUGCUGCGCAGGGAGCUUUUUGGCUGCGCCAGCCUCCCCAGUGGCCAGCUCCAGCAGGCCCUAGAGGAGCUGGAUGAAGACGAUCCUUGCUAUGAUUUUCGGAGGCAGAGCCUUAUUCAGCACCGGGUGCAUCUCUUCUUCCUGCAGUAUGAUUUCCCGAUCUUGGCUGAUGCAAUUGAUGUCACUCUUGUAGCUCAGCUCUCCAUGGACAGGUUACAGAUGCUGGAGGCCAUAUGCAAACACUGGACAGGUCCCAUUAGUCUGGCGUUGUAUAUGUCAGAUGCAGAGGCCCAGCAAUUCCUGCGCUAUGCCCAGGCCUCGGAAGUGCUGAGUAACCGCAGGAAUGUUGCCUAUCACAUUGUGUACAAGGAAGGGCAGUUUUACCCGGUCAACUUCUUGCGCAAUAUAGCAUUGAAGAAUGCACAGACAUCUUAUGUUUUCCUGACGGACAUUGACUUCCUGCCUAUGUAUGGCCUCUAUGAGUAUCUCAGGACCUCCAUUUUGCAGCUCGAGCUGCCCAAAAAGAAGGCAGCCCUCAUUGUGCCUGCAUUUGAGACUCUGCAUUACCGCCUCACCUUUCCCAAAUCCAAAGCGGAGCUGCUCUCCAUGCUGGACAUGGGCUCCCUCUAUACCUUCAGGUACCAUGUGUGGCCUCAGGGCCAUGCCCCAACGGACUAUGCCAAGUGGCGGACAGCCACGGUGCCCUAUCGCGUGGAGUGGCAGCUGCACUUUGAGCCUUACGUUGUAGUGAGGCGCGACUGCCCCCUGUACGACCAGAGAUUUGUUGGUUUCGGCUGGAACAAGGUGUCUCACAUCAUGGAGCUUGACGCCCAGGAGAAUGAGCUGCUGGUCUUGCCCAAUGCCUUCAUGAUCCAUAUGCCUCACGCACCCAGUUUCGACAUCUCCAAGUUCCGCCUGAGCUCCACUUACCGUGACUGCCUGGAGACCCUGCGGGAGGAGUUCCACCAGGACCUGUCGCGCAAGUAUGGUGCCGCUGCACUCAAAUACCUCACUGCCGAGAGAAGCCUGUGAACGGCAAGAUGCACACCAAAGGACAGUCUGUGCAAGGCAACUCAUGCCCUGCAGAGGAGGGACAGCGGACCAUGCUCAUGUCCUGGAGCAGUUCAGACCUACAGCAGAGCCACCCUCCCAAUGGUAGCCGGGUGCUACACACUUUGUCUAAGUUGUGGGUACAAUUGCAGCCGGGUGGGGUGGGGCAGGUGGCAUAUCAUUCAGGGCUAUGGAGCCAAUCAGAACAAUGCUCCUAAUCUAAACCAGGCACGUUACAUACAUUUGUGUACAUGUGUUUCCAAAUUGAGGGGGGAAGCAUGGGAAUGAAGAGGAGGGACAGUAAUGAGGACAGACUAAUAAGAUAAGAUAAUCUUUAUUGUCAUUGCCCCCCUGCGGGAACAAUGGAAUUACUCGGCUACUCCAUCCACUGGUGGCCUGACUCUAAGGCAACUUCCUCCGUUGCUGUUUUGAAGGUGGGACUUUCUCACCCCAUGAGCCUGAUGCCUUAAUAUUGCUACAGUCACCUGUUUCCUGUGGUAGAAAGGUAGACUGGAUGUGGAAAUUUGAGACUUCUACUAAUGUGUUGUGUUCCUCUAUCAAUGUAGUAGCCCCAUCUUAUUUCCAGCUCUUUCAUUUGUCCCCUCUAAGCCAAAACCGAAAUACAACAAUUAUGACUAAAUCAUAUAGUGAGCAUCUAGAAAAUCUUAUGUGAGCUAUUCCUAUCCAUGUGGCAAGAGGGACUGUAUGCAUAUACAGGCAACCCAAUUUGCGUUCCGGUUACGUUUCAGGGUACUUUGCAUGUCAGUGGAGCAUGCAUAAGCCCACCCCGCCCUGUCACACCAUCUUGCAGGUCCAAAACCAGUGUGUGUGUGCACAGUUGCAUGUUCUUUGAACCCAUGCAAAACAGGAGUUGCCUAUACCCUGUCUUUUACAAAUCUGCAUAGCCUUCCUGCUAGUUAUGGAUCAGGGCUUUACUGAUGGGGAAAGGAUGAUGUGGGACCUAUUCUGAAAGAGUUUAAAGUGGGGAACCUGAGGCCCAGGGGCUGCAUGUGACCCUGCUUAUCUCUAUGGGUGCAGCCCCAGGCCUGCUCUGCCCCCUGCUGCAGUGCUCAUGCCUGGCUGGCAUGUGUCCUUGAACUGUGAAAAGGCCUCUCUUCCUUUCCUUUUUAUGAUGUGUGUGUAGAGAAGCCCUGCACUGGAAUAGAUAAUAUUUUAGCACAGAGUUUCCCUACACACACAACUGCACAAGGCAGAAGAGUCACAUUUUGCCUUUGGUGCUGUUUACCACCACCACCACCACAUGGCUUCUGGGAAAUUGCCCACCAAGAAAUGUAGCUGCCAGGGGUGGUGGUAAGGAACCUUCUCUCCAACCUGCCUUGUGCCUACUUCAUGGAUAACUUUACUAUCUAGAAAAAAGCCUAGUGUAAGAAAACCAGGUCCUUGUUACAGGGGCUAUAUAGUGCACAUGCUUUGCUGUGAGUACAUGGCUGAAACCAAGAUCCCUUUAGUCCAAAUGAACGUCUUUCCAACAGGGUUCAGUUGAGGGUUCUUGAAAAUGUGUAAGCAGGGCAUUUUGGAAAAAGCCCAAAUCCUGCUUGCCUAUUCUCCCCCAACCCCCACAUCUAAAAUGAAGGUGUAGUUCAUCUCACCAGAGCUAAAUAGAACCUCUUAUCAUGGCUACUACUCAGUAAAUCUUGUUUAGCUUGAUGUUGCACAUCAUUGCUAAACAUACUUUCCCCCUCCCAUGGAGGAACGCAAGUCUUGCCCUUCCUAUAUCUGCUGGAAUAUGGCCUUGACCAGCUGCUUUCCUGCGUAAUAUCAGCUCAAACUAUGUGUUUGUAUGAUCAGGACCAAGGACUGCACAAUUGGGCCUUGUGCAGGAGUCCAUAAUGGAAACGGAUUGUCUUCAAUCUAGAUGCAGUUAAGUGUCACAGCUGAUUACAGAUUAAGUCUGUGCAACCAUGGAAGUGGGCAAGUCAUUGCAUGCAGGCUGCCGUCCUGAUAGCUGCUUGGUGAACCUGAUGCUCGAAGGGACUAAUUCCACUUCUUGGAGAAAGGAACACAUGAGCAUCUUGCUGUAUCUGCACCUGGCGUAGGGUCUGUUAAUGAAUGCUGUAGCUGAAUGUCUAUGCUGGGAGCAGCUUCAGCCCGGCCAUGGUCCACAAUUUUCAAACACUGGAGCACAAGGAUGAAGAUGUAAUGGGUAAACUCUUUCCUUGCUGUUUAUAUAAUUUAAGGUGAUUUCUCACAAGCUGGAAAUGAUUUGGAUAUCACAGAUUUUCUGGUGGUUUCUCUCUUUGGUUCUGGAGUCUGGGUCUUCUGCUGCUGUACUCUGAUUUUUCCUUUGAUUUCCUGGAAUUCAAGAGCUUCCAAAGUGCUGGGAUUAGUUUUCCAUCCCUCUAGGCAGGCUGAUGUAGACGCUGAAACUGUCCCACACUGAGCACUGUACAGCAUGGGCACAAGUAUUCCUUUUUUUUUAAAAAAAAAACCAUUAAAGUUUUGAGGAAAAUCCUUUUCAAGCUGCUGUGAGAGUUGUUGGGUUAUUUUUAUGUCCACAUAGUGUUAAUGCUUUCCUCAUUUCUACUAUUACAGGUGAGGGCAAGGUUGUUGCAUUUUGCUGCUGGCAGAUCUGAGUGAUAAGGUGGACUGUGCUAGAAGCUAGUCACGAAAAUUAGGAACAGGGGGGGAGAACAAACUAGAGAAACAAUUCCUUCAGGGAACUCUUGGCUACAACCCACAAAUCUGGCAGGGACAGGAAAGUAUUCUGCAUGGUAUCCAACUUUCUUUUACUCAAAGUAGAUCCACUGAAAUUAGUGGGCCUUAGUCAAGUUAGCCAUUAUUUUCAACAGGUCUAUUUAUGAGUAAAACCUAGUUAGUUACCACCCACUUAGCCCAAUCCAUACAGGAAGCUAUUCCCAGAAGUUGAAGCCCAACUUAUAGGACCAAGCUGUCAGUGAUUGCAGUAGACUUUGCCAUGUUCAGGUCAUUGGCAACUCUCCUUGCAGGUCCAGGGAGCUUUAAUUUCUGUAAAAAGGGGAAACUGAAGCCCAGACUCUUUACCAUUAUAAAACAUAUUUUAUUUUUUUACAGAAGAAGAAAUAGUAAGUAUAGGAGAGGUUCAGCUUUGAAGGCAUGCUGUAAAGGUCCCCUACCUGCUUUUGUGGCUGAUCAGCUGUGAUAUCAUAGAACAGUUGCAAACCUUUAACUGCUCAGAAGAACAGCCUCAAAGUGUAGAAUGAGGAGGGGUGGAGGGAAGCAUAAGGUCAGUGCAGCUGGGAAAAGACCACAUUGCAUUGGAGGAUUUUGAAAAUGGGACAAAGGAGCUCAACAUAGGAUAGCAGAGCACUAAAUGGACAAAAGGCUCUUGCCUAUAUUAUAAGCAUGUGAUGGUGAAGAAAACUGUUGCAAUGGGGCCCCAGGGAAAAAGGCCAAGUGAGGAGAAUUGAAAGGAGGGGAGGGGAGAGAGGAGCUGAAAUACAGUUCUGAGUGUUCUCUAUUUCUAUGGGGCAUACACUAGAAAUACAAGAUAGAAUUAGGCCUCGGGCUAGCCUUAGUUUCAUUCAAUUAUGUAUUCUUAGCUCCCUGGCAGUAACCCUGCCAUGACUGGCAAGCAGCCGCCUUUCCAAAUCCUGGAAGUGCCAGUAUUGAUCUGCCUGCAGUGUCUGUACCUUUAGGGUGUGGCACAACAUACCUGUUUGCAGUUAAACCUUCAGCUUUCAUGGCAGAAGCUGCAUUUCUCUUCGUUUGCAGCUUCAGUGUGGACAAAGCAAAGGGGGAUCAGCACACAUGAACACAGCUGCAUGAUAAACAACUAGAGACAAUAGAUUUCAUAUUUUUAUUUAGUAAAAUGUUAAAUAAAUACAAAUUGAUCGUUUAUUCUGGACCCCUUCUUUUUCUUCCCACCUUAAUAGACUAAAAUCUAGACACAAUUGUACCAAACCCACAAGGGACUGGAAGGCUACAGAAAAGAAGGCAGCAAAGAGACUGCAAAUCACUAUGAGCACCAGGCUAUUCAAUUUCUUUAAAAAAAAGAAAAAGAAAAACUUAACAAAAAAGAAACCCACCUAACCAACAGAAGUCAUGCAUCCAUAUAACAUUCACAGGGUGUUGAUCUGUGAAAGCAAUAUUGUGCCCAGUUAACUUAAAGGUAUGGGAACUCAGGAUGGAUGCAGAGGCAGCACGAGUGAGGUUGAGUUUAUCUGGCACAAACAUCAGGAGAAGAAGAGAUGGGAGGAUGCUGGCUAUGUAUGAAUCAAUAUAUCAGUGUACAUGGGGAAGGAGGGUUUAGAAACCCACUGCCUUAAAAACAAAGGCUGUGAACUUCCUUUUAGCGUCAUGGCCUCUUUCACAGACCGCUUAUUUCAAAGAGUCCUUAUUCCAGUUACUAGAAAUAUUCUGGCUUCAACAAUGGUCUUGAGACACAGAUGGGAUAGUUGGCUCGUAAGCAGCCAACUGCCGUUUCCUCUACUACCGAAGAAUGGAAUGAAACUACAACAUAAGCCACAGGUGAGUGUAACAUCCAACAAACCACUUGGACUUGACAGUAGAAAAGCUAAGAACUAUGCAGUAUUUGCUAGUUCGGAUCUGACCAAACUGACAUACAAUUUCAAGAUAAAACUUCAUUGAUAAUGACCAUUCUUAGUCUUGGUUCACUUCUCACAGGCCUGUUGUUCAUAAUGUAAAUUGGCACUAAUAGGACUUUUCAUUUGGUGUACUAGUGAAAGACUCCAAUGCAACCAGCAAGGGUGUGAAGACCCCAGCUGUUGUUCAAUCCCAUAGGAAGAGAGAAGGACCAGCUUAGCCCAAUCCUUGCUAAAGCACGUUCUCUCAACAAGGCUUCUUCCUUCAUUGUGGGGAUGUACAGAUGUGGCACUGUGGAGUGAGCAGACUCCCCAGCAGAUUGGGAUGCAGCUACAGUGCUCAUAGCUGGGGUGUGUGUGUGUGGUGGAUGGUGGACUCAACACUCACCCUCUAGGCUCACGUAACUGAGCUGCAAAGGGAGCCCUGGCUAAACUCAAGCGGAGCAUGUGCUAGGGGAAGGGGGGUGAUAAACGCCAGGGUCAAUAACUAUUUAUUCCAACCACAAUAAAAAUGGAGGCGCUGUGCAGAGCCAUUUCUAAAAGCUGCCAACACUGAUGUAGAUAAUGACAGCUUCACCUGGGAAUGUUUGCUGUUGUCCAUUCUUGGUCACAUAAAGAAACACUCAGCACCUGGGCAAAAUUAUAGACCACAUAACAAAGAGGCUUCUUAUCCUCAGCUGAUGGGAAGGAAAUUAGAUGCUGUAAUUGUCACUGAGUUUAGGCCUUUCUGUUUUUGUGACCUGCAAUGUCAUUUGGAGAGGGUUACACCGGGAUUUAUCACAUAAUUAAGCAUUGUUCUAAGCUGCAUACAUAUUAGAAAACAAGUAAAAAAAGCCGCCUAAACUUUUUUGGGGGGAGGGGGGUAGGCAUUUCUGCUGACCCUGGACCCAGACACAACUAUGGGACUUCCCCCUUAUACUUAGCAGUGUGUGGGACACAGGAAAUAGCUGCAUUUGCAAACCUGUUUGACUGGGGACACUGUUAGCUGCACACUGCAUUGCUGGAUUGACCAAGGGCACCAAACUAAAAUAGCAAUGGUACAGUGCUGGGGCUGGGUGUGUGUGUGUCAUGAAACGUAGUCACAUUUUAGGGGAAAUUAAAAGGUUAGAUAAACAAUGGUCAGACUUGGAUAGUUGGGCCGAAUGAGAGAAAUGUUGUUUUUGCACAAGUACUUUACUGCCUAUCAUCUUCUAAUUUGUAUUUUCCAAUCACAAAUGCAUGGGCUAUGCUUGAUGCAAUUUCCCAACAACUAGGAAGCUGUAGUUAUUCUUGUGACAGUGCCUCUUUAGUAAAAAAUAAAAAAAAGAUGUAAAUCUGGUACAAGACUUCUUUAGCGUCAGAAAAGUCACAAGGUCAAAUAGGUUCCACCUUACAACUACUAAUGGAGUCUGACCACACAAUCCAUUCUUUCCAUUUUCAAUUGCAAAUAAGCAAAUAAAAACUCACAACUGCAUCCUCAAAUAUGGAUGGGUACUCUCUGGACUUUGCUGCACCAGCACGUGAGCGUACACACCGACGUUCACACAGCGUACGACAAAUGAGCCAAGGCAGCAGCAGGCAACUCCUGCAGAAUGUUUAGGAGUAGGAUGUACCGUAAAUAGGCAAUGCCAUCUGCAUGCAAGCAACUAGCCAGGAUCUAGCCUUCAGGUGCAGAACACUGUCCUCUCAUAGUGCUAAUUAUGUUUCUGAAUUCUAAGAAAAUCAGGGUGAUAAACUUGUUACCCUGAUGAACAAAGAUACUGUGGUUCCCCUACAUUUUCUCAAGGCAAAAGGAAAUCUGACACAUCUGCUACCCAAGCAAGGAUCUUUCUGCACAGCCAGACAAAACAUGCCCAGAAUUUAUUUUCUCCUUUUGCUAUAUUUUCAAGAAGCCAAAUUCCUCAAACUUAGCUGGUGGCAUUUCCAGGCCAGGAGACGCCAGCGAGGCGGGGGAGAAGGGGCAAGGAGAGAAGUACACACAAAAUCAGAAGAAUGACAAAAUUAAAGAUUCACAAGAGUACCUUGCUGCUCUUUACUUUAAACUAGCUCAUCACUCCAGUGCUGCAGCAAAGUUAUAUUACAGAUGUCACUAGUCAAGAGAGGCCAAAUGUAAAGUAACCCCUCCCC